AGACCGGAAGUGCUCAUUUUCACGCUGUUCUGCGUUCUCAGAACUGUGGCAGUCCGUUGGAGGUGUUUUCAUGUCGCUUCCGCUCAGACAUGCCUCGCUACUGCGCCGUCAAAGGUUGCAGAAACCGAGGAGGAACUUCGUCCAGACAAGAACACAAGAGAAUUAGCUUUUACCCGUUUCCCUUACAAGACAAACCGCGGCUCCACAAAUGGGUGGCAAACAUGAACCGGAGAGGCUGGACGCCAAGUCGACAUCAGUAUCUGUGCAGUGAACAUUUCACACAGAGCUGCUUUGACAUCCGAUGGGGAAUCCGUUAUCUGAAGCAAACAGCCGUCCCCACCAUUUUUCCUGCUGACAAUAAUGACGGUGAGAAAGACUUCUGUUUAAGCAAGCAAAGCCCCAUGAUCACAUCCAGCGCCUCAGAGGUUGGAGUUGAGCCUAAAGAAGCUUCUUAUUACAGCAGCAAACCUCUGAUUUUGAGGAAUUCAUGGAGAGCAGCUCAAAGAAAUGCAAGACAGGAUGCUGCAGAAGCUUCAAAGACAGGAGGGCUCCCUCUUGUGGUCGGCACCGGUAUUGUUUUUCUAACAGAGAUUCCAGAGCCUGGAGUCUGUGAUGAUGGGAUGGUUGCAGGAUCCGAUCUUAAACAGCAUCCUCUUGACAGACUUCAUACCAAAGCGCAGCUGGACUCUGCCGUAGCCGAGCUUUGUUGCGACGCCUCCGCACUAACAGACACGGCUGACCCCCAAACGGCGCCGGGUCAAACAUUUUUAGAGGAAAAUUCAACGGCGAGGGAGUCCUCAGGCGGAGGCCGCGCUUCGGCGGAUGAGCACUCCUACUGCAGAGCGGAGGACACGAAUAGAGAUCAGCUGUGGUGCAAAGUCUUGUGUCUGAACGCCAAAAUCAUGGAGCUGGACCGCAGGGAGCAGAACACGGUGGCAAAAAUCCAGGCGCUGGAGACGGAGAUCGCUCUGCUGCAGAGGGACGCCGACAGACGGCUUUAGAAGAUGUUCACACAAACGUUCGCUCAGAAUUUCCUGUUAUGUAAAAUAAAAAACAACUGUGGAAAAGAC